UCUUACUGCGCGCCGGUCCGGCACCCCGUCCCUGAGAUACUGAGUAGACAUUCCCCCGCCCCCUCCAAGUGCAGCUAGUCAGUUACCGGAGGGCAGGUACUCUCCACACCCCCCACCACAGGACGAUGCUGAUAAUUCUUUUUCUGUAAAUGAAAGUGAAAGGGAUUUAAAGCCAGUUUCACCAAGAAGCACGAAUAAGAUUCUGGAAUAAUACAAAGGCAUUUGCAUUGCAAGAGGCCCCAGCAGGAAUCAUCUGGUCUAGAUCAGCAUAGAAAUGGAUGGAUCUGCUUCUGAAAUGCGCCCCCCUGUGGGGUGUAACAGAAAGAGCCCUGAGAGUGUCCUGAUGAAGAGAGCAGACUCCCCUGUACCCAGCUGUGUUUCUCUGAAGAGUGACUGGUCAGUGAAGCAACGAAUCAGAAUCUUUGAGGGAUCUCUUCCUACAGAUCAAAGUGUCCUGAUGAAGAGAGCAGACUCCCCUGUACCCAGCUGUGUUUCUCUGAAGAGUGACUGGUCAGUGAAGCAACGAAUCAGAAUCUUUGAGGGAUCUCUUCCUACAGAUCAAAGUGUCCUGAUGAAGAGAGCAGACUCCCCUGUACCCAGCUGUGUUUCUCUGAAGAGUGACUGGUCAGUGAAGCAACGAAUCAGAAUCUUUGAGGGAUCUCUUCCUACAGAUCAAAGUGUCCUGAUGAAGAGAGCAGACUCCCCUGUACCCAGCUGUGUUUCCCUGAAGAGUGACGCGUCAAUAGAAAAGCGACUCAACUUCAGAGAGGGACCUUUUCCUACAGAUCAAAGAGACCAAAUGGAAGAUUGCAGUUCAGAUCUACAUGAUAAAUCGGGUUUAUCAUCCAUAUUGAAGUCGCUAGAGGAAAAAGCCAUGAAGUUCCUAAAGGAGGAACUGAAGACGUUUGUGAGGCUCCUAGAUCAGAAAUACCCAGAAUGCUCUGAGCCUCAGCUGGAGGAGGACAAUGACCUGGACUGUGAUGGUCAGAUGCAGAAGACCAGUGUUAGAGAGGAGGCUCUGAAGAUCACAGUGUACAUCCUGAGGAUCAUGAAACAUAAUGAUCUUGCUGACCUGCUGGACAAGAGACUGCUCAUGCUGCAACAUCAACAGGAAAUUAAAUGUAAACUUAAGAAGCAAUUUGAGUGUGUAUUUGAAGGGAAAGCUAAGGAAGGACAGCCAACACUUCUCAGUGAGAUUUACACAGAACUCUACAUAACUGAAGGUGGGACUGGAGCAGUCAAUGAUGAACAUGAAGUGAGACAGAUUGAAACAGCAUCCAAGAAAAGUCGAACAAAAGAUACUACAGUCAAGUGCAAUGAUAUAUUUAAACCCUUAUGUGGGCGUGUGACACCUAUCAGAACUGUACUCACUAAAGGGGUGGCAGGUAUCGGGAAAACAGUCUCUGUGCAGAAAUUUAUUCUCGACUGGGCAGAAGGAAAAGCAAACCAGGAUGUUCACUUCAUAUUUGCUCUUCCUUUCCGGGACCUGAAUUUGAUUAAGGGUGAAUACAGUCUGAUUGAACUGCUUCACCACUUUGUCCCAGAACUGAAGUCAUUUGAGUCCACUGAGCUGUUUAGGUACAAAGUCUUGUUCAUCUUUGACGGUCUGGAUGAGUGUCGCCUUCCUCUCGAUUUUCAGAACAAUGAGAGCUGGUUUGAUGUAACAAAGAAAACGUCACUGGAUGUGCUGUUGACUAACCUCAUUAAGGGGAAUCUGCUCCCAUCCGCUCUCCUCUGGAUAACCUCCCGGCCAGCAGCAGCCAAUCAGAUACCUCCUGAGUGUGUCCACCAGGUGACAGAGAUACGAGGGUUCAGUGAUGCCCAGAAGGAGGAGUAUUUCAAGAAGAGAUUUAAUGAUCAGAGCCUGGCCAACAGGAUUAUCACACAUGUGAAAUCAUCAAGGAGCCUCUUCAUCAUGUGCCACAUUCCUGUGUUCUGCUGGAUUUCAGCCUCUGUGCUUAAGAGGUUUUUUAGUGAGACUGACAGGGGAGAAAUUCCAAGGACUCUGACUGAAAUGUACACACACUUCCUGAUCUUUCAGACAAGUUUAAAAAAUGACAAGUAUAUGAAAAACCAAGAAACUAAGCUUAAAGAAUACAGCAAGGAAUUCCUUUUAAAACUUGGUAAACUUGCUAUUGACAACCUUGAGAAAGGCAAUCUCAUAUUUUAUGAGCAAGAUCUGACAGGGAAUGGCAUUGAUGUCACUGAAACUUCAGUUUACUCUGGAGUGUGCACAGAAGUCUUUAAAGAGGAGUAUGGGUUGUACCAGGAGAAGGUGUACUGCUUUGUGCAUCUCACCAUCCAGGAGUAUCUCGCUGCUUUAUAUGUGUUUCUGUCAAACUCAUCAGCUGACCUGCUGAAGACUGCAGUGGAUCAGGCAUUAGAGAGCAAGAAUGGACACUUGGACCUCUACCUCCGCUUCCUCCUGGGCCUCUCAACAGACUCCAGUAAGACUCUGUUACAAAGGCUACUGGGGCCAACAGAAACCUGCUCACAAACCAUUAAGGAAACAGCCCAAUACAUCAAGGAGAAAAUACAGGAGAAUUUAUCUCCAGAAAGGACCAUCAACCUGUUCCACUGUCUGACUGAACUGGGUGACAAUUCUCUAGUAGAGGAAGUACAAAGAUACCUGAAUUCAGGAAACAUUUCAGCAGAUGACCUCUCACCUGCACAGUACUCAGCUCUGGCCUUUGUGAUGCUGAUGUCAGAUGAGGAGCUGGAUGUGUUUGAUCUGAAGAAAUACAUCAGAUCAGAUGAAGAGCACUGCAGGCUGCUGCCUGUGGUCAAGAACUCCAGGACGGCUCUGCUGAACAGCUGUGAUCUCAUAGAUAAACACUGUGAAGUGCUGUCUUCAGCUCUAAGAUCAAACUCUUCCCCCCUGAGAGAGCUGGACCUGAGUGACAAUAACCUGAAGGAUUCAGGAGUGAAGCUGCUCUCUGCUGCACUGGGGGAUUUACACUGUAAACUGGAGAUACUGAGGCUAUCAGGCUGUAGAGUCACAGAAGAAGGCUGUUCUUCCCUGGCUUCAGCUCUGAAGUUAAACCCCUCACACCUGAGAGAGCUGGACCUGAGUGACAAUAACCUGAAGGAUUCAGGAGUGAAGCUGCUCUCUGCUGCACUGGGGGAUUUACACUGUAAACUGGAGAUACUGAGGCUGUCAGGCUGUAGAGUCACAGAAGAAGGCUGUUCUUCCCUGGCUUCAGCUCUGAGGUCAAACCCCUCACACCUGAGAGAGCUGGACCUGAGCUACAAUCACCCAGGAGAUUCAGGAGUGAAGCUGCUCUCUGCUCUACUGGAGGAUCCCAGCUGUAAACUGGAGAAGCUGCAGGUGGGCCGGUGUGAACUCACAGUGAAAUGCUGUGAGGCACUGGCAUCAGCUCUCAGAUCUAACUCCUCACCCCUGAGAGAGCUGGACCUGAGUGACAAUGACCUGCAGGACUCAGGAGUGAAGCUGCUCUCUGCUGGACUGGGGGACAUACACUGUAAACUGGAGAUACUGAGACUGUCAGGCUGUAGAGUCACAGAAGAAGGCUGUUCUUCCCUGGCUUCAGCUCUGAGGUCAAACCCCUCACACCUGAGAGAGCUGGACCUGAGCUACAAUCACCCAGGAGACUCAGGAGUGAAGCUGCUUUCUGCUGUACUGGAGGAUCCCAGCUGUAAACUGGAGAAGCUGCAUGUGGAUUACGGUGGAGAGUGCAGGACCAGAGCAGGCUUACAGAAAUACUCCUGCCAGCUGACGCUGGACCCGAACACAGCAAACAGACUCCUGUCUCUGUCGGGGGGGAACAGGAAGGUGACAUGGGGGGCAGAGCAGCCAUAUCCUGAUCAUCCAGAGAGAUUUGACAGCUGGGAACAAGUUCUGUGCAGAGAGAGUCUGACUGGCCGCUGUUACUGGGAGGCUGAGUGGGAUGGAGAUGUAGUCCUGAUAGGAGUGACUUAUAAAGGAAUCGGGAGGAAAGGAGGGAGUGACUGUGGGCUUGGAGACAAUAACAAGUCAUGGAGUCUGUACUGUGAAACUGACAGUUACUCUGUCUAUCACAAUAAUAAACGGACUCUCAUACCCAUAGAGCCCUCAGGCCCCCGCAGAGUAGGAGUGUAUCUGGACUGGGGGGCUGGUGCUCUGUCCUUCUACAGAGUCUCCUCUGAUGGACUGACCCCCCUGCACAGAUUCACCUCCUCAUUCACUGAGUCCCUCUAUCCAGGGUUUUAUGUUAAUGUAAACUGCUCAGUGUCACUGUGACGUGUUGCUGGUUCUCCUGCAAAAAGGUAAAAUCUCUGCUUUUUAACCUUUAUUAUCCUUUUUACUCUGAAAUGUACAGAACUGUGCAAAAGUCUGAGGCAGACAAAGAAAAUGACGUUUAGAUUAUCCUCGUGUUGGUGUAAAACUAUGAUAUGAUGCCUGUCAAAGUGUGUCAGCUUCGCCAUUUCAGAACCUCUGCUAAAAUCAUCCCAGUAUUUGCAGCGACUGUCCAGUGCAGCCAUGUAUUUUUUGACUUGGCCACUAACAC